AUCAAUCAUUCGUGUGAUGUUGACGUUUUGUUUGUAUUCAAAUAUCAACGAAAACAUUUAAAUAUACUUAGAUUGAUCAAUUAUUAGAAAAUAAAAUGUUUGGAAUAAAACACAACGAAUGUGUUGGAUUCGAAUCGAGAUGGAAAGUGAAAAAAGUAACAACUGAUACCGCUAUUCAAACUACUGAAUUUUCUCAGGCGGAAAAAGGAACAAAUUCGACUGCAGUGGGCAAUAUUGAGAUUCAAACAGAUUCUUCAGAAGCUCCCGUUUUGUCUGAAGAUACUGAUAUGCAAAAAUUAGCAACCUGGUUACGAAAUAUAUAUCCCAGAGUGAAAAAAGAAAUUGAUGAUGCUAAUAAUUCUAAUGCUUUUCGAGGAUAUCGGUUACAGAGAGAUACGAGCGAGGUUGAAUGUAAAUUAUUACAAAAAAUUAAUAUUGCUCAUAAUGCAGGUGGAGAUAAUACAAUUUCUAAAAAGGUUUCAUCAAUGACAUGGAAUCAAAGUGGGAAAUCAUUGGCAUUUUCUUGUAAUUUUGAACACCAAUCAUGGUGUCAUCAUUCAGGAUCUGUUUUCAUUUAUUCACAGUCGAGUAACGGUGUUUUAUCAGAACAGCCUAACAAAAUUUUAAAAACAGAAAGUUGUGUUGUAUGUUUAAAGUUUCAUCCAACACAACCUAGUAUAUUGGCAGGAUCUACAUUUUCUGGUUCUGUUAUUGUUUGGAACAUUCAAAAUGAAGAAGGGGAUGAAAUUAUGAUAACAAAAAAUGCGCAUGGAGAAAUAGUUACUCAGUUAUCGUGGACUAAUAAUAUAAAGCAAGAUAAAGGUUUACUUUUAGUCACUACAAGUACUGAUGGGUUGUUGAAAGUGUGGAAAUACAAUGCUACUGAAUGCGAUUUAAAGCUUUAUACAAGAUAUAAAGUGAAACCUCCAUUAUUAAAUUCUUCACAAAGAAUCAAUGAAUCACCUAAUAUAAUAAACAAAUCUUCUAGUAGCAUAAUUUGCUUCGAUUUUUCAAAACAUAUUCCAGAUAUGUUUGUUGUUGGCUUAGAAGGAGGACACAUAGUUCAAUGUUCUUUACUGGGGGCAACUGAAUUAAAAGGUAAUACACCGGAAGAUCCUUUGGAAGAUCCAUCUUUCAAAUAUUACGAGCCCCAUGAAGGCGAAGUAGUAUCUGUUAGUUUUUCACCAAAUCGGAAAGAAAUGUUUAUGAGUUAUGGCACCGAUUCGGAAAUAAGAAUUUAUCUCAUUGGGCAGGAAGAUCCUGCGCAAAUGAUAUUUUUAAAAAGUACAUUGUUGGAUUUGUCUUUCGUUCCUUAUCAGGAUAAACUAAUCGUAGGAUGUGGUUUGAAUGGAUUUAUGGAAAUUUUUCAUUUACGGAAGGCGCAACGAAUUCAAGACGUAACUAAGGAACAUUUUAAAAACAAAAUUACGUCCACUUGUUUAGCUAUCAAUUAUAAUAAUUAUCAGCAUAACCUCCAAACUACGUAACAUUACUUGUCAAAAACUCUUCUAAUUUGGCAUCUGUGGGCAAACAGACUUUUAUUUUGUAUAAUAGUGUUAGUAGUCACAAUACAAGUAGUUAGUAAUAAAUAUUUAAACAUAACGAUUAGAUGCAUAUAUACAAAUGUAGUUGUAAAAGAACUAAACAUAAAAACUGUUUAAACAUUCUUUUUACCUGUUUUUUUACAUAUUUACAUUUUCACGUAUUUUAUAUUAAAAUAAAGUCGAAUUACUUGACAAUAAAAUCAAAAUAAAUACAAAGAUGACGAUAAUCUUGUUGUACACCGAGAAUUUAUUUGUCCACAAAGGCCAUAUUGAAUCACAGUGUUGAGAGAGUCCGAUAAGACUCUACGAAUACACAUAAUUAAAUAAUUUUCAUAUUUUUCUAUUGAAAGGUAUUUAAAAGUGAAAUAUACAAAAAUCUUGACCCAUACAAUUACAUGGACAGCUACUUUGGUCGAGAAAUUGGCAAAAAAUCUAAAAGGACGAUCCUGUAAGCCCUUGGUUGUUUUUGAGGAUUCCAAAAGAAUCUAACAGCGUUUUUAUUGUUUUUUAUGGUUCGAGGAUUGUUAUUUGUUCAUUUGAAAGGAUUAGAAAUAAUUCUAAUUGUUUUGGAAGAGUCAGAAAUAAUUUCUAUUCGCUCUAAUAGAUGUUCACCUUUUGCUGUGAGGAAUCAAAAAAGUAGCAGUCUAUGAAACUGUAUGGUUUUAAACCAAUAAAGCAUAACCUAUAAAAAUAAGAUCAGAAACUCAAGGGAUAGUUUAUUAUUUUUGUUUCCAAUUCAAAACCUGGUAAAGUUGUUUAAAAAUGAUUUUAUUUAUAAAUACCGCUUCAGGAUGUGUUUGUAAUGGCUUAUGAUUUUAUAAACCAAAAUUUUAAUUUGUUCCAUUGUUUUAACGUGCUAAAAUAUAUAAAACUGGAAUGCUUGUUAUAAAUAUAUGUUUUCAGGAAUAAUCUUGUUGCUCUGGGUACCGCGAAUGGAGAAUUACAAUUAUGGAACGUGCCUUGGGAUUAUUUGGAAAAUAAAUAACAAUUUAUGUAAAUAAAAGAUUGUUUCAUUA